UUUUUUUAAAUCAGUGAGAAUUAACUGAGCGGAGAAGAAGAAGAAGAAGAAGAAAAAGAAGAAGAAGGGGAGAAGUGAUGUGUGUGCAGCCGGGAGGCUUUGAGGAAACGACAAAGCGAGUCAUCAUGUGAAAGAACUUAAUGUGGGAAACGGACGCACGGGCUGGCAUACGAGCAGAAUAGAAAGUCAAAGUGAUGUUGUCAGUGCGACUGUAACGCUGCUCGUGGAUUAAUGAUCUGUAAUCGGCAUCAGGACAUGAAGGACGUGUCUGGCGUGAGCGGUAUGUCCGUGGAUGAGAAGCCUGAAGCCCCCAUGUACGUGUAUGAGUCGACGGUUCAUUGUACCAAUAUCCUCCUCUGCCUGAACGACCAGCGGAAGCAGGAUAUCCUCUGCGAUGUGACCGUCCUGGUGGAGGGCAAGGAGUUCCGCGGGCACCGGUCCGUGCUGGCUGCCUGCAGCGAGUACUUCCUGCAGGCCCUGGUGGGUCAGGCAGAGAAUGGCCUGGUCAUCAGCCUUCCGGAGGAGGUCACUGCCAGGGGAUUCGCUCCAUUGUUGCAGUUUGCCUACACUGCUAAGCUGUUACUCAGCAGAGAAAACAUCCAGGAGGUCAUCCGCUGUGCCAAAUUCCUGCGCAUGCACAACCUCGAGGACUCAUGCUUUCGCUUCCUGGAGGCCCAGCUGCGCAGCGAGGAGGACGGCCUGCUGCUCUGCCGGAAGGUGGCGGCGGAGGCCAACAACUCGGAGGACGAGAGCAUGCAGUCGGAGGAAAAGCCCACCUCCCCCAGGGUGCGGCGGUGUGCUGACGCCCUCUCCUCCUUCCGACACCCAGACGACGAUCGGCUAGCGAUGUCCAGUCAGCUGAUGGACGGCAGGUUGGACUUUGAUCGACACGGAGCGUCAGACCUGCCACGAUGCCCCAAGUACAGGAAAUACCAGUGGGCUUGCAACAAGCACAAUAAUGACACCUCCUCACACACCAGUACCUCAGGUUUUCCAAGCACAUUAAAGGAGAGCGGCGUCGGUGGCACAGUGCAGAGUCCGGGCAGGCUGCCUCUGGCACAGAUCAAAGUGGAACCGCAGGCCGAGGAAGAGGCAAUCUCAUUGUGCCUGUCGGGAGACGAGCAGGACGGCAGGGAUAAGGACAGUGUGAUAGCCAUGGAGAUGGAUCACCCCAUAUCUGUGGAGAGAACCAAGAGAACCAAGUCCCCGUCCUGCCUCAGAGCCUUCUUCAAGAAAGGGGCGGACCUCCCCGGUCUGCCCAACACUUCACAGCAGCUAUUCGCCAACAGACUCGUCAGCCCCCAGGACAAAGGAAACUCUCAGGGAGAUCAUAAAAAAGACUUCAGGCCUUUCUCUGGGGAGCUGAGUCUGUCUGUUACAUCCCCAAAGGACGGGGACGGUUUCCCUGUAGGGUUGUCCCUCAAGUCCGCUUCCUGCGACGGGGUCUGCAAACAGGAAGUCGAGCUUGACCGCCGUAGUGUCAUAUUUUCCUCAGGGGCCUGCAACCGUCUGGGAACCCCAGCGCAUUCCUACCCUGGUGGGAACUCCUUGGAGAUGGAUCCCGCUGAGCACAUGCCAAAGGGCGUGUGGGCUGGAGCCAGCCAAUCCCUCCCCACCUCCCAAACCUACUCUCCGGGCGCCACCUCCUCGGAGCCCCCGACUCUGUGCCGCCCGCGACCCAACACCAGCUGCCCAGUGCCAAUCAAAGUGUGCCCGCGCUCGCCGCCUUGCGAGACGCGCACCCGGACUUCCAGCUCCUGCUCCUCGUACUCCUAUGCCGAGGACGGCAGCGGAGGCUCCCCCUGCAGCCUGCCCCAGUUCGAGUUCUCCUCCUCGCCGUGCUCCAACGUGGCCCGCUGCCUCAAUGUGGACCAGCAGGAGCAGAGCAUGGGAGGGGACGCCCUUUUCAACCAGGUGCGACCCAAGAUCAAAUGUGAGCAGUCCUACGGCACCAACUCCAGCGAUGAGUCGGGCUCCUUCUCAGAGGGAGACAGCGAGUCCUGCCACAUUCAGGAGCAGGGGCCAGAGGUGAAGCUGCCUUUCCCUGUAGAUCAAAUCACGAAUCUUCCACGGAACGACUUCCAAAUGUUGGUGAAAAUGCACAAACUGACCUCGGAGCAGCUCGAGUUUAUCCAUGACGUGAGGCGGCGGAGUAAGAACCGCAUCGCCGCGCAGCGCUGCCGCAAGAGGAAGCUGGACUGCAUCAUGAACCUGGAGUGUGAGAUCAGGAAGCUUGUGCAUGAGAAGGAUAAGCUCCUGACGGAGAGGAACCAGCUGAAGGCGUGUAUGGGUGAGCUGUGGGAGAACUUCUCCUGCCUGUCUCAGGAGGUGUGCAGGGAUGUGCAGCUGAGCCCAGAGCAGGUCCAGUCUUUAAACCACUACUGCCCCGUGAUGCGGCCUGCCAACUCCACUACCAGCAACCACAACAACAGUGCCGCCCACCAGCCCAAACCCGCCCCCCUCAGCCUCACCACCAACAACACCACCACCAGCAUCGACCUCACCACCCACUCAGGCUCGGCCACACCGGAGCCGAGGUCACCAGGCCCCUCUGAGAGCGAGCCCGAAUCGGCCGUCAGGAACGGGGCGGACAGAGAAAUGGACGGCCAGGACGCCAGCUUGUACACAAAGUCCGGGCUGACCGUGGACAAGUCCAACCAGGCGGUGACGGUGGAUUUUUGCCAGGAAAUGACUGACAAAUGUACAACUGAUGAGCAGCCGAGGAAGGACUGCACUAAUUAGUUCUCUGUGUUUGUUUUUGAUGUUUUUUAUUAUUUAAUUUUACUCUUCUGACAAACCCUCGCUCUGGGUUGUUGAGACGGUCAGCCUCUGCCAGUGUUCACUGAAAAAAAAAAACAAGCUUUGUUUGUAUUUAUGUCUUUUUGUGCUGUUUCGUUUUUUUUUGGUUUUUUUUGAACGGUUGACACUAAAGUUGUCUUAACAGCAAUACUGUUCUCCAGGUAUUCUCCUUUUACCAUGACAGAGUGGGAACUUCUCACCAAACCCUUACAAUGGUGCUAAACUCGCCCCGGCAGCAGUGGAGGCUCCGUUCUCCAAACGUUCACAACUCAAAGUCAAACCUCAUCGGACCUAAACAGCAGCAGCUCUCUGUCUCUCUGUUCCUGCCUUUUAUCUUCUUUCACAUUUGCUAUUUUUUAUUUCCCACUCUGUCUCUAUCAAUCUUUACUCUACCUCUUUCUCUCUUCUCGCGCUCUGUCUGUGGUUCUUCUCUCAAUAGAUAUCUCAGUGGCCCUUUUCGUCACAGCAAUUCAAACUCAGGAAAGAAAGAAAAACAAAUCCUCUGAAUGUUCAACCUAAUUCAUGACAAAUGAGAAUACAGCUUUCUGUACGCGAGGGAUGCAGCUAGACUGUAAAAUGUUCAUAUGCAAAAAUGUCUUCAAGCGUCUCGCAUUUGUAUUUCUGUACAGGAGAACUUCUUUGUAACUAAAAACAUUCCUCCUUUGCCUUCCUCAGCACUGAAUUGAAAGGUUAAAAAAAAAAAGGUUUUUGCAGGUGGUUAAAUGGCUAUUUUUAUUUCCCACUCAUCAGCAAUACCAUUGUAUUUGGAUGUUGUGAUGGUGACUUUCAAGUGCUUGUUAGGCAGAAAUGUACAUAGUAUGGAGCAUGAUGACUGUAACAGUGAUUUUUGUACAGGUAGAGGCUUAGAUGUUUCUUUUUCACCGGGGUUAUAUCAAGCACCUUUUUCUAAGGGAAAAAUCUUUGCUUUGCUGUUUCCUGUCCUGCCUAUCGAAUGCUCCCCGUCACGGCGGGUGUUCAUAAACUCAGGAAAUCAGCUCUAAUACACAUGUGGACACACACACGAUAGAACAUACAGACACAUGCGUCAACACACAGAGUUUUGAGCGCCAUGCAUGUAUAAAAAUUUGACGUUCAAAGACGUGUUUUUGAGCUCAGGCCAGCUCCUGUUUCCCCACUUUGACUCCUCUUUAAAUGUGAAAAAAACAAGUUCUGCCUUGUGUUUUUUGAAGAAAAAUCUUUUUUCUUAUCAGUAUUUAAAGAUGCUAUUUGUGUACACGAUCGUACAGACCUUUUAAGGUUUUCUUCCCUGUUGCCAACUAAAGCUAAAAAGUGACAGAUACUUAAAAAAAAAAUUCAAACUGAUCCUAAAAUAAUCACCUCUUGAGAAAAAGGAGAAAGAAAAUUGACUAAAUUCAGGCACUUUUUUUCCGCCCCCAAGCGCUCAGAGCCGUUUAGCACUUCAAUUAGGGUCUUUAUUUUAAUUCAGGCUCCUUAAAAGUCUGAAACUGGAGCACUUCAUUUGGCACUUCAAGAGGAAAAAUCAUAUUUGUAUGAUAAAAAAAAAUGAAUAUACCAUUAAAAUGAUCUUUAUGAAAAAGACGUAUCUGAGACACAAAAGGAAGCUAACGAUUUAGUAUAAGAUUAUUCACGACUUAUAUUUGUAUUUCUUUAGGAAAUGAAUAAGCUAAUUCAGAUUUCAUUUGACGUGAAAACAGUGUAUGUGUUUGUCCAAACGAUUAAGUAACAAUCAUAUAAGAUAGUAACCAGUUUGCCCUAAUUGUGCAUUUGUUUGAACAUCCUGCUUGGUGACGUGCAUGCAUGCUCCCUGUAGCUAUAAUGAGUCUUAGUUUGUCUAGCUUCUGUUUGCCUUGUGACUUUUCUCUGGAGCUUUUAAAAUGAUAUUUUUAAAAUUUCUAUGUAUAAACAAGCUGAAUUAUGUCAACCCUCACUAGAGGCUUGCUUUAUGUAAAAGCAGGUUGAUUUUAAUUGGAAUGUGAAGCUUUAUUCGUCACUCUUUAAAGCCCCAAUCCAAGAAAACGGCCCUCCCUCUUAGCGUGACUAGCUGAAGCUAAUAACAGGCUAGCCACUGUUUCAUUAGCAAGAAAACUUCUCUUUCAUGAAACUUUUCUGCUAUGGUGUUAAUGUGUUAGAGGAAUGUGUUCCCAAAGUUUAACAAAUUAGUAUUUACUACAGUACUUUCAAUUAGAAAUGUAAACCCCAAGUCUUUAAAAAAAGCAAACGCAGCUUUAAAGAAGCUUAAAACAAACAGUUUGAUACAAAAAUAAUAUUUAUGAUAAUUUUUUGCUGAAGCAAUUUUUUGUAACUUUGAUUUCAUACAAGGGAAGUUAUAAGAAAAUGUAUGAAACAAAAUAAUUAUACAGUUGAAGCAUUCAUGCCAAAAACAGGCUAACUAGCAUUUCAGACAUGUUUGCUAACGGAACAUGAACAAAGGCAAGAAAGUACCGUAGUAAAUACACCCCCAAAAAAGUAUUGUAAACCCCCUUAGAGUGAUCUAAAAAAGAUCAGAUUGCUGUGCUAGUUAGCUAGCAGUAAGUUUUGUAACACUUCGUUUCAGUUGAUUUAUUUUAGGUUGGUUAACAAACCCAGGACAGUUUGACACAAAGUGUUAGUCCUUUGAAUCAUUAAAGUGACUAAAUGUUGUAUAUUUCAAUGAUUAUUUGGCCGAAUUAAUCAUGGAUUUGGGCUUUAAAGUUAAGAUGAAACAUUUUAAAGUCCUCCCCCCUGGACUUAAACUGAUGUAAAUUUUAGAUGUAGUUAAAAAUAUGAUCUCACAUGUGAGACUCUUUCUGUUAUACAGCCAAACAGAGUUAAGUGUAUUUUAAAAAUCUGUCUUUAAAUUGUUAAAAGACUUUUCCCUACUUCGUAGAGUACAUAGACCCCGCAAAGACACGGACACAUGCACACGUACACGAACAGCACACACACACACACACACACACACACACACAGAGUACACACACAUGGGGCACAGCUUGAGUGCAGAGCAGUAAUGGUGGUUCGGCCCAUCUUUUAUUUGUGAUCUUUUCAUUCUUGUAUGCAUUUUAUCUGAAGUUAAACAGUAUUUACAGUAUUAAUGUGCAGAUUCUACCAGGUUCAAGCAACAAAACUAGAGAGGAACCGACGCGUCUACGUUACAGAGGCUUCAUUUCUGCAAACGUUAUGCAACUCGUUUUAUGUUCAUUUACUUUUUUAUUAGCUUGAUGUUAAAUUGAGGAAGCCUGGUUUUGAAUCAGAGAGCAUCAACUCUGAUAUAUGUUGUUUUUUUUUCUGUCUGGAGAAAAUAGAUUUAUGAACAUUGUGUUGUAGCAGAAAGGCCCCUGGAAGUCUCAGAUGCCCUCAUAAUACGACAGCGACCACUUGCUUGUUUUUAGCAUACUGCAGAAUAUCUGUAACAACUAUUUCAUAAUUCAACUUAACAAACUCUUAGAGUCCCACAGAACUUAGAUGCAUAGAUAAUUAAACAAAUUAAAGCUAAACCUCCAGUCAGAAAAGCUUUUCAUCCAGACCGCUAAGCUCUCCGAUUCUUUGCAUCUUUGGCUCCAAUGAAGAGACGAGGUAAUGUUGGAUUACUCGAUUGUUUUCACUGUUGGUUAAGGGGUCAGUUCACUCAAAUGACUAAAAAUAGUUCAAUAAAUAAAUAGCUAUUAAACUGGCUCUCAUUUCUUGGAUAUAGUACCUAUUUGGACCACAUUGGAAGUUUAUUUUUAAGUUCCGAGUUAAACGUAUUCAGGGAAUUUAAACAAUCAAAAUAAGAAACCAGGACCAAAUUCUAAAUUUAACGUCCAAACGCUGGGUGUAAAGAUGGACUUAAAAGAAAAGACGAAAGUCUGAGUUUACAGUUUGAAUUCUGAUAAGAGAGGCUAAAUUUUGAUGGGAAGGAUACAUUUUGUAGGGGGUAAAAAUCUGGAUUUUAGAUUUAAGAUCUGGAUUCUAAAAUUGGAAAGUCUGCAUUUUGUGAUCAGAGUGGAUAACAGGGAGAUCAACACUGUUAUUCUGAGAAUUAAUUAAAAGAUCUGAAAUAAAAUACAUGCUGUGAGAGCAGAUUAGAGUGUAUAUUCUGAGUUUAAUGUCCAGAUUCUGAGAUUAACUCGGACCUAUAAAAUACAAUUUUCACAUGUGGACCUCAUUGUUUUCUGUACUUGAGUCAUCUCGUAACGCAGAUAGUUUUUUAUUCAAUGGUUACAAACUUGUUACUGAUUACUUUGGUAUAUUUUGUGUCCUGAGAUCCUGUUACUUAUUUUCCCUGUUGGUCUGGAUAAUCAUGUUUUUGUUGACUUUGUUUCAAAUGAAAAGUUGAAUCUAAUCAAAUUUUCACUAACCUCUGGUCUGUUGGGAUGGUUACAAAAAUGUUAGACUGAAACCAAAACUUUCUGUGUGGUUUGAUACUGUCAGAAAUAAGAAUUCUGAUUUUUGUCGUUUGGGUGAACUGAUCCUUUAGUGUCUCAGGGUGUCAAGCAUUUAAACCUGCUCUUUAUCUCCCUCUGCAGCAGACUUUUAUCUUUUCAUCUUUUCAUUUAACUUUAUUUGUUUGAGCCUCAAAAUAGAUUUGUUAACGAAACUUAAAGCUGCAGUAAUUGAUUUUUGGCCACUUGAGCUAAAAGCUAAAAGCAUCAUACACAUUCAUUUAUAGUCAUGUUUAUGUCUGCCUGAAUGUACGUCCAAUAGACACUCAAACUUUUAGGUUUCUUUUUGGUCAAAACCACCACCUCCAGUAUUUUUACCAGCUGCAGCUAAAUCUGUAUCUCUGCUGUUUGGCGCAGCUUUCGUAGCGUACAAUAACUUUUUCACGUACAGUAUUUGGCAGAAUAUCUUGGGUUAAUAACCAGAAACAACUCGUUCUUCACUAAAAACAACACACACACAGUCAUCUGAUCCAUUUUGAAUACAAAUCCAUUAGUGCAGCUUUAAAACGAUGUGGUUUAUAAUUCUAUGCAUAAAACCUGAAGUUAAUGUAACCAUUUAAUUCUUAGAUUCGAGGAAUCCUCCAGGUUUCUUUGUGCAGGCCAAACGUUUUUUUUAUUUUUGGCUGAUGCCAUUACAACAGGUUGAUUUAAAUACCUUGACAUGUAUAACUGAAUGCUCGUACCUUUUUGUUGUGGAUUUGUUUUUUUUUUGUUGCUGCUUCUCUGAAACAAACACUGGCUUUUCAACUCCAAAGGUUGUUCUAUAAGAAAACGUAUGAACAAAAACAUGCCUUUCUCACAGAUUGCUCAACUUUAUUGAAAAAAUAAAUUUAAAAAAUCUGGUAUCCUGGUUGAACGCGCAGGCUGAGAUCAUUAAGUAACAUUGAAAAUGGAAAAUGUUUACAAAUAAGUGUCAUGUCAUGUUUGAUAAAUGUUUGCCAUGUUAAACUGAUGGUCGCUUCAAUCGGACUGCUUCUUGGUAAAGAGACAAAGAAUGAGUUUCCUCACCUUGUCUUUAAUCCAACUGUUGGGAUGGGUCAGCAUGGAUACACGUGCACCUCCGAUAUUUGCCUUAGAACUUGCAGAGGCCAUAGUUCACAUUCAAAUGAAGUGAGUGUAUGCAGGGGCCCGGCCCCCAUCCCUGAGUCACCAGUGCGGACUUUCUCACACUUAUCUACCUGUGAAAUCCUUCAUACCUCUCAUAACUGGUCAAUGACUGUAUCAGCAAACUGCAUCAGGUGUUUUUUCUACAUGCUUUUUACACAGAUUCUAUGGAUUAUUGUAUUAGUAGAUUUUUGGUGCAUCAUUUUUAAUGUAAUAGCUCUUAAGCUUGUAGUUCAAGUUGUUGUUUUAUUCUUUCAUUUUUCUAGACGACUGUUUUGUGUUAAUAUUGUCAAUUUCAAAUAGCUGUCAUUUGCUUAUUCUCUACUAAGAGUUCUUACCUUUAUCAUUUUUAAAUGCUACAUGACCCUAAUGAAUUAAAAUGACUUAAUAACCAUUGUAAAUAUGGUAUUGUGCAAACCCCAUUUUCAUUCAUUUCAAUUGCUAGUGUUCUAUAAAUGACUUUUUUUGUCUAGACACCAUUUCUCUUUAUGAAAUAAAGAAACAUGCAUAUCA